AUGCCAUCCCUAACAACCCCUGUGGAAGACCGUGUUAUUCACGACGAGCACAACGACUGCAUGACGGACGACGACUCUGAUUUCGACUUUGACGAGGAAUAUUUUGCCCGUACCUAUCAACCCCUGUCGAACCUCCCCACACCGCCCCCCUCCUCCCGCGAUUCGUCAGUCCCACAGAGCCCCCGAUCACUCGUGGAAAAUGGAGGGCUUCUGGACUCAGAACUAUUAGGCCCUGCGAUUCACCUCGUGAACCUCAUCCCACCUGCUGCGUCCCUGGCGCUGCCUUCUGUGUCCCUAGUCCACGAGUUGCUCACCCGCACAGGCUUGAAGCAGGACGAGAUCGCUCUCGCAGUCUGUAUUCUAGACUCCCUCAGCUCCAAAUUCGCGCUGAACUGGCGCCUGCGCUGCCCACCCUCUCGUCACGAAGGCUCGGGUUCCACCAUCGAGCACCAACAGUCAAAGCGAUACACCCUUCCGGCAAACCCGACGGCGGCGGCCGCCGCCAGUCAACUCCACAUCGACUGUGUCAAGCCCGAGGUCAUCGUGCUCGCCGCGCUCAUUAUCGCUACCAAGUUCCUGGAGGACUCCCACGCGCCGACACAAUACUACCGCUCUGCAUGGGGUAACAACCUGUGGACCUGCGAACAGAUCAACAUCACGGAACGCAUAAUCAUGGAGGACCUGAACUACCGCAUCCUGCCUCUGUGGGAUGAGCGGUUGAUCGGGGAUGCGCUGAACGAUAUGGAGCGUGCCGGAAGGCAGGCUCUGCUCCUUCCUCCUCCUGCGACGCCAGCACAAUCCCAAUCCCAAUUCCAGAAAGAACAACACAAGCGAUGUGUGAGCUCGGGCGCGGCUCUAUAUGGCCUCGGCAUGCAGCUGACACCGGCGGGAACGCCCAUGUCUGAAUGCAACUCACCGACGUUCGACAUGGACUUGCAGUGA